AUAAGCUCGGAUGGUCCCGUUAAUUUCAGUUAAUAACUGCUAUAGUUGUAUCCCUGUUGUUUGAUCCUGCAUAACUGUAGUUUGUGUCACUAAUCACUCACUGAUGGAUGCUGACAGUAACUCCAAUGGGGUUGCGGUGAACGGCACAGCGAUGCCAACAAUGCCAUCCAAGACUCCAGUUUCGCUUCUGCAGGAGCUGUGUGCCAAGCGGGGCAUCACUCCCAAAUAUGACCUUAUCCAGGUGGAGGGCGCCGUGCACGAGCCGACCUUCCUCUACCGCGCCACGGUCGGCGAGUUCAUCGCCAGCGGUCAGGGCCAGAGCAAGAAGAAGGCCAAACACGCCGUGGCCAAGGCCGUGCUGGACAUGGUGCUCGGCAACCAGGCGGCGCCGCCGGGCGCGCCGGCGCCGGCCGCGCAGGCCGAAUCGCCGCUGGAGCAGCUCGUCUCGCCGUACGACGACGGCAUCCCCGGCAAUCCGGUGGGCCAGCUACAGGAGCUGUGCAUGGCGUACCGGUACCCACCGCCGGCCUACGAGCUGUCGGCGGAGGAGGGCCUGCCCCACGAGCGCACCUUCACCAUCGCUUGUCGCAUCGGCACCGCCUUCACCGAGACCGGUGUGGGCAAGUCGAAAAAGAUCGCCAAGCGGCAGGCGUCAAACCUGAUGCUGAGCAAGCUGCGCGAGGCGCCGCCGCUGGCUGCGGCGCCGGCGGAUGCCGCCGCUGACCCGGCCGCGUCAGAAGCUCACGACCCGCAGGCGGUACAGAAGCUGGCGGACCACUUCUCGGGCCUGAUGUCGAGUCAGAUCCCGCCGCUGACGGCGUCCAGCAGCGUGCACGUGGGACAGUUCCACCGCAACCUGAAGGCGGCCGCCGGACCGAAGCUCUUCGAGCUGCGGGAGACGGCGCCGAACCAAUCGACGUGGAACUGCGUCCAGUUCCUGCAGGAGCUGGCCUUGGAGCAGACGUUCCCAAUCACCUGGGUUGAUAUCGACGAGAAGUCAUUUGAAGAUCGCUGCCAGUGCCUGGUCCAGAUAUCGACACUGCCCGUCGCCGUCUGCUACGGCGUCGGCGACGACCCGGCUAAGGCCAAGGCCGACGCGGCGCACAACGCGCUGCAAUAUCUCAAGAUCAUGGUGAACAAGUGAGCUGCCGGUCGGGGGCGCGCGUCGGCCGAGCCCGACCCCCGGCCGAACCCGGUUCGGACGUUCGC